GUUCCAAAAACCCGACACAACCAACAGCGGCCAGCAUGAAGGGCUGGUUCGAUGCGUUUCGAGACGAUGGCGGUCCAACGCUAUAUUCCUUCUCAAAUCGAACACCCGUAACCGGAGACGUCUCCAUAGUAGCCGUAUCAGUGCUAUUUGCGACAUUCUAUGUUGCAUUUUUGGUCAUCUUUCCGGGUGUACGGAAGCAGAAAUUUACAACCUUUUCGACAGUCACAUUGAGUCUUUUUGUGGGCCUAGUCAUACUAAUCACCCGCUUGGGAUCCGCGUGGCAUGUGGCACAUGCAACCAUCAUAGCACCCUACAAAGCCUUCUCACGCGAGAAGCUACCGGCGCGCAUCGGCACCCACAUUGGCCUCAUGCACGUCAAUGUGACGCUGACGGCCAUACCUAUUGGUAACUGGACACCACCUGAUAUCGACUACAAUGAGCGGUUCACCUGGGAGGGGGCCAACGACAUGAGUGCCAACUACCGUCAUGCCCUGCAGCGCGGAUUACCCUUUCCCAUCCUCACGGUGGCCGAGUACUUCAGCUUAGGUCGCGAGGGCUUCUCCUGGGGCGGACAGUACCGGGCUGCCGGCUAUUUUGCCAGCAUUAUGUUGUGGGCCUCGCUCGCCUCGUGGCUGCUGAUGAAUCUGCUGCUAAUUGCUGUUCCGCGUUACGGUGCCUACAUGAAGGCCCUAACCGGAGCCCUGCUGGUCUGCACCACCAUUGGCUACCACUGCCUGCUUCCAAAGCGGCCUCUCUGCAUUUACCUCGAGGGCGGACGUCUGGAGUUUCAUUUCGGCUGGUGUUACUGGCUGGUGUUGGUAGCAGGAAUCCUCUGCUUCAUAGCGGGGGUUCUCAUCUCCAUCAUCGACCUGGUCUGGCCGCACACCUUCUCCACUGUGCUGGAGGUUUAUUACGGCACUCCCUAUGAUCGCCAUGUGAUCCUGGAGGAGUCCAGUGAUGUGCGCUACCGCAAACCGCGAAAUAGUCGUAGCCUGGAGGACCCGCCUGGUCUAGGGUCGCGUAUCCUGCGACGCCUCAGCUCGAAAGCUCGCGACAUGCAGUCCAAUGCUGCCCCAAGAAGAGACAGCCCGGCUGGAGUGUCCACCAGUGGUGGUGUCGAAAACAAGGCCUUCCAAUCGGAUGCUCCAAAGAGUCCUUGGCGCUAUCCCUUCCGCAGAUCCCAGCAGCAACAGCAACAGCAUCAGGCACAUCCGAUGCACCAGCAUCCGUUGCAGCAGCACCAUCAACACCACCAGCACCACCACCAGCAGCAACUGCAGUUCGUUGGCGGGCCGGUGGUGCAGCAUCCUAUGCAUCAUAUGCAGCGCACCAUGUCCCAGGACUCGGGAUCCAGUAUCGCCUCGGCAGCAGUUCAGAUAUCGCCGCUGCACAAACAUGCUCUGGCGCGAAUGUUGCCUAACCCUCCGGUAGAGCGUAUACGUGACAUGGAUCACUGGUGACAGCCAUUGGACAAACCAUAAAAAUCAAACAUUUUUUAGGGCUUAAUAAAAACUUGACUAAUUGGAAAUACUUUUAAAAAACUCGUAAUGACAAAAACAAUUUGUGAUAAUCACCUAAUUUAAACAGAAACAUAAAUUGUAGGAUACAAACAUUUUAGUAAUUGACCUUGGCGAUCGAAUGAGAAAUUGUUAACUUUAAUCCUAAUCCUAAUUAAAUUAUUUUAAAGGCAUAAGCUUAAAAAGAAAGAGAAAUAAUAAUGUUCUUAGUGAUGUUCAUUUGUGAUAAGACAAUCCUGCCACACGUACCCAGAAAAAUGCAUAAAGAUGAUGAAACCAGGAUCAGGAGUUAUGACAACAAAAUCGAAUGUUUAAGAUAAUUAGUAAUUUAUUAUUUGUAAUAUUUGUAAUAUGAAUUCAAUGCCAGUGUCUGUAAAUCAUAAGAUAAAAGCGAAAAUAUGUAAAAUUGUUGUAAGUUUAGUUUUAAGUCGAUGACAAUGUUUAAAAACGAUUAGGAUAAAAAAACGAUGACUAGAAGAACAAA